CGCUUCUCGUCCACCACCGAUUCACCUAAGCGAAGUGGCUUUCAAAUCGACCGAGAAGGGUUUAAGAAUCAGAAGAUUCUGCGUCACCUCUCUGUCGUCAUCGUCCGCUUCAAACCACGUCACUCUCACCGCUUCCAGAGUCAGAUAUUCAUUGAACUCGGUUAUAUUUCGCUGGAAGAGUCGCCAUGGAUGAUAUACAAGCUAAAGCUCUAGAGGAGAAGCUGAAGAGUCAGCUUGGUCAGCUUGAACUUGAGCAUGCGGUCUUCGAGAGAAUGGUUUACAAGAACAAGAACCAGCAUCGGAGAUGCUCCUAUUUUCAGUACCUUCUCAAGGUGAGGAGGGAUUUGAGACUUUUGCAAACAGCAAACAUGGAGGAGAUUCUGAAAUCCUGCUUUCCUGUUAUAUCUGGGAACAGAACUAAACAGAAAAUCCAUGUUUUGGAGAGCUUGAAGUUGAAAAAAUCUGAUACUGGGAAACCAAAUAUCUUGGAGCGACUUCUUGGAGCUCUUCGUUUACUCUCGCAGAUGACUGAACCCAUCUUGAAGGCAGCUAGUGGGAUAUCCAUUCUGCUAGCUUGUUCAUUUUUCAUAGGAUCUUCCGUGACAUUUUUGGCUCUGCUUGCACGUCUCCGGGUGUUGAUUCAACAAAUAUUACUUGAUGCUGUUUCAGUUUUCAAUUCAGUAACAUCUACAUCCUUGAAGAAACAGUCUGUAAAGAUAGCACAGGAUGGGGUUGAGGUGUUUCGCGAGUUCUAUCCAAAGGAUGAAGGGUGCAUCACCUUAUUGGAUUGUGUAUGGAAGACCGAUAAAUAUGUCUUACUCGAGACACUGCAGAACCGUGAGAGUAGUAAACCUAUAGAAGAUAAUGUUUCAGAAGAUGUAACUACUAAGGAUUCUUUGGUACAGUAUCAAACAUCUGUUUCUUCUCUUGGGGAAGAUCUCUCUCCUUUGCUUGAAGCAGACAACGAUGGUGUUACUCUGAGAGAAAAGUGUUCUCCCAUUGCCGAAUCAGCUUCUUCCAAGAAUAACAAUGCAUUGCAAACAGAAAAUUCAGAAAAUCCAGAAGAUACUACAACUAGGGAUUGUUCGGUUCAGUAUCAGACAUUUGUUUCUCUUUUUGGAGAAGAUAUAUCUCCUCCGCUUGAAGCAAACAAAAACGGUGGUGUUAGUGUUCCUGCUACAGAAUGUUCAACGCUCAUUGCUGAAACAGCUGCUUCCAAGACUAACAAUGAUUCACAAACAGAAGAUUCAGAAAAACUAGAAGAUGGAUCUACAAAUUCCGUGAGCCCUGCAAAAAUCAACACAGACACAACGAAACUGAGUUGCAGAGCAACUAAAGUGGCGUUUCUACCCGUGAAAAGACAUUCCUCUGCAAUAACGCCAAACUCCAUAGAAGAACAACCAUCAAGAAAGAAACAAGAGACAGGCGAGAAAGACAAAAAGGAAGAAGAAGAUGGAUUUUAUAAUCUACUCAUCCGCGGAACACAUAAAGACAGCUUGUUCUAGCACAAGAAACAUCUCAAAACGAGUCAAGCCUUUUGAGCGCU